CGAUUUCCUCUGCUGCCGUUGGUCUUCUCCCAACUCAAAUUCGAUAGUUAGUUAAUAAUCAUUGAAUUAUGGGACAGAGGUUUCAUAGGAUUAAACUAGUAUUAAGUUAGUUGUCAUUUUCUGUUUGUUUUCAGGCUUGUGAUUAAGGAUUGUUCAUUCUUUCCCCGAGUCAGUUGAUAUAUAUAUAUGUGUUGAAAAAUAGAAAGGCAACAAGCAAGAUCGUGCCAGGUUUAGGUUUUGUUAUUUAACCAAUUUGGUCAUGUGAAAGAACAAGUCAAGCCCAACUAAUACACCACCAAACAGUCUCUCAUUGGAUACCUAAUCUUUCCAUUAAUCAUUCAUGCAAAUUCACUUAUAUUUACCCAUAUGAUGCAUCAUAUGCAUUUCCCCCACGUUAUCUCAUUAUUUCGAUUAAUCAAUCAUCGUAAAAUCGUACCAGAUGUUGUACCAAAAAAAGUAAGUGGUAGAAUACUACUGUAUGUUAAAAUAUAAUCGUAGUAUAACGGUGAUUCAAACGUUUCAUACCACGAAAACCGCCAACCGACUUAGAUUCCGAUUGAAGGUUUUUUCCGGGCCUGUACCAUACAGUUUCACAAAUAGUGAGGCAUAAGAUUUUCCAUAUAGAAAACAAGUAUUCCAAAGACAUUCUAGAAAAUGGAUAGAGAGUACCUAUCUAAUUUAUCUGGAAAGUAAAGAGGAAAGAGCUCCAAGAAGUUUAAAUUUGCUCCUUACCUCUUUGUAAGUCAACUGUAGACUUUUGAUUCCUUGCAGGCGAAUAAUGAUAAUUUUCUCCUCAUACUUUUGCCCCAAUCAGAAGCCUCCCUGAGCCUUCUCAAGAAAGAAAGCAAAAGGAACAAAUUUUACUACAUUGUGUCCCUCUAUAUAAGUGCCCUCCAUCUCCGUCUCCAAACUGCCAACCUCAAAGCAAAACAAACAAUUUCCCACAUUUCUCCUUUCUUCAGCCCCAAGCUCCAGAAAAACCUGAACAAGCCCCAGAAAAAAAGAGAGGAAAAUGACCCUGACAAAGAAAGGGAUGUCUCAUCUCUUCCAAUCCACCAGCAAGAGUCUUUCUCCUCUCGCUUCCUUCUCAGCCUCGCCUUCUCACUUCCCUCCCUCUUCCCCUAUCCACCACACCUUCUCUGCUUCAAUGAUGGAGGAGGACAUUGAAAAUGCAGAAUCCAUCAUCUCCAAGUGGGAUCUGGACUCCUCAUCGGUCAACAAGGUCACUUCCCUUUUCCAAAACAACAAGGACGAGGCCAGCGAGUUCAUGAAAUGCGUCAAGGACCUUCGCAGGGCCAUGCAUUUCUUGCUGUCACAACAUUCCGAUCCUGAGAAGCUCGCGGUUUGUCAGAGGCUUAUCCAGAUUGCCAUGAGGAGGCUGGAGAAGGAGCUCUACCAGGUCCUGUCAGGAAACUGGGAUCAUCUUGGUCUCGAGUCUGUUUCAGGUCAGUCCUCAUCAGAAGGGUCUUUGAGCAAUGCCGAAGACGAUCAGGCUGAGAUUCGGUGUGAAGAAGAUGAGCUCAUGACGCGUGACGAAUCAGUUCUUGUGAGGCAGCAGAGGAGAGUUCCAGGAGUUGGUGGCUUAUCGGAUAUCAAGUCCAUAGCUGACUGUAUGAUCACUUCUGGUUAUACCAAAGAGUGUGUCAAGGUUUACCUACUCAUGAGGAAAUCCAAUGUGGACGAAGCGCUGCACAGGCUAGGAGUUGAGCACUACAAGGCUUCCCAAAUCCAGAGAUUGAAUUCAGAAGCUCUAGAGAACAUGGUGAAGAACUGGCUGAAUGCUGUGAAUCUUGCAGUCAAAAACUUGUUUCUUGGAGAAAAAGUUAUGUGUGACUAUGUCUUCUCAGCUUAUGAGAGGAUCAGAGAGUUGUGCUUCUCUGAGGUGGUGAAAGAAGCAGCAGCGAACUUGUUCAGGUUUCCUGAACUCGUAGCCAAGAACAAGAACCUGAAAAAUGACAGAAUCUUCCCUCUGAUGGACAUUUAUGAAGCACUGGUUGAUAUGUGGCCAGAAAUAGAAUCUAUUUUCAGCUUCGAAUCCAUCUCCUCUGUAAAACAGCAAGCUCAGUCAUCGCUACUGAAGCUUGGCGAGUCAGUUCGCCAAACUCUAUCCGAGUUCGAAACAACAAUCCAGAAGGACUCAUCAAAAUCUCAAGUUCCUGGCGGAGGAAUUCAUCCGUUGAACGCAUCAGCCCUGAUUUACUUAUCAUCACUGGCGGAUUACAGCAGCGUUCUUUCAGGCAUCAUUGCCGACUCUCUUCCAGAAAGCAGCUCAAAGCUGCCAGAAUCUUACUACGAAAGUCCAACAACAAGCGCCAUUGAUGGUCCCUCACCAGCUGUUUCAACCCGACUAGCUUGGCUCAUCCUAGUUCUCUUAUGCAAGCUUGACAGGAAAGCAGAACAGUACAAAGACGUGUCCCUUUCAUACCUGUUCCUAGCAAACAACAUGCAGUUCAUCAUUGAGAAGGUGUGCACAACCCGGCUGAGGGUCGUCCUAGGCGAGGAUUGGGUGUUCAAGCAUGUAAAGAAGGCCAAGCAAUAUGCUACAAACUAUGAGACAAUGGCGUGGAAUAAGGUAUUCUCGUCGAUACCAAGCAAGCCUUUCCCAGAAGAACAAUCACCAGAAGCUGCAGCAGAAUGUUUUCGGAAGUUCAACGCAGCUUUCGAAGAAUCACACAGGAAACAGAUGUCAUGGGUAGUACCAAACCGGAAAUUCAGAGACGAAUUGAAGGUGUCGAUAGCCAAGAAACUCGUACCAGCAUAUCAAGAGUUUUAUGAUACUUUUGUGGUGGGAUCAGGAACGCUGAGUGGAGAGAGUUUGGAGGUGUUGGUGAAGUUUGGUCCAGAUGAUCUGGAGAAUUACCUCUCAGAUCUUUUCCAUGGCGAUUCUUCGUCUGGUAGUUCCUCAUCAAACUCGUCUCGAGGAACUAUGUCACGAUGAACUAACAAUAAUAGUAUAUGGUGUAAGAAAAUACAUUGAUGUAUACCAGUUUGACAGAAAAGAAUGUGCAGCAAUGUUAUUAUCAAUAAUCACAAAGUUUCAAUCUUUCACAUGGUUGGCCCAAUUAUGAUGCUUGUAUUGCAUUGGCUAAUAUGAAUCAGGCGUGGAACCCUUUAGAAAUAAUGACAGCCAGAACAGGGUAAACUCAAAAAAGGUCAACAAAAUAACAGAAUUACAGCACAAGGAUAAGUCAAGCAGGGAAAGCCAGCCCCAACUAACGUGCAAACUCAAACAAGCGUGUAAGACAAGGGCCAUUGUUGACUGAGCAAGUCUCGAGAUGAUUCCGUGCGCUAUAAUUUUCAUUUGAUUAAUGGGAUCCAUCUAAUUAGCUCCACUGCUCCCUAGACAACACGACAAAGUCACAUUUUCUUCAAGCCCAUUUCUGUUGGCUCAGUUCCGAGGUUGGAUAACAAUAUCAUUCACUUGGAAACAGAACUCACAGUGAAGUGAUCAGCAAUGCCAUAGAUGGAGCAAAGCUCUAUUUGAGGAAACCGACUCCCACAGAUAUCAUAGAGCCCAGAAAUGAAUGAAGCAAAAACAAGAGGAACAGGAGAACAAACCCCAGAGACAGCGGAUACCAUAUGUGCGUUUAAAUUUUGGCUCGACAUGAUUCCGAAUCAGCGCCGCGAGAGCCCUCUAGCCUUCCAACUCUAUGUUGCAGAGGAAUGACGAUGCGCUAAAAUCUCCGGCCAUAAAAAACUUUUUCCCCAUGAACACAAUCCUCUGAUCUCGGCAGCCAAUUGUGGUUUGGAAGACGAUCACAUUGAACAAACUUCUCAAGGUUAGAAUCCAAGCGGAAUCGGGAGUUGAACUGGAAACACUGCAAUAGCCAAUGGGUUACCAAUUGUGGUUGAAAGAUGAUCAGUGUAAUAGGUUGUCAAUGUCGUCCUCCACUUUACACUUACUCCACAUUCAUCUAAAACAUCUCCCUCUCUUGUUUUUUAAUAAAACUCCUCAGCUCCUUCGAUGGAGGGCCCUCACCAGCUCUAUCAGCCUGACUAACUUGGCUCAUACUGGUUCUCUUAUGCAAGCUUGACAUGAAAUCAGAAAAGUAUGAUGAUGUGUCCCAUUCAUAUCUCUUCCUUGCAAACAACCUGCAAUACAUAUUUGAGAAGGUACGUGCAACCCGGCUAAGGGUUAUCCUGGGCGAAGAUUGGGUGUUCAAGCAUGCCAAGAAGCUUAACAAACAUGCUGCGAACUACGAGAUGUUUGCCUGGAAUAAGGUCCUCUCAGCCCUGCCGAGUAUGCCUCUUCCAGAGCUAGAAGCGGCAGAAGAAUGUUUUUGCAAGUUUAAUGCAGCUUUUGAAGAAUUACACAGGAAACAGGUAUCUUGGAUUGUACAAAAUGAGAACUUAAGGGAUGAAAUUGAAGGUUUCAAUAGCAAAGAAACUCGUACCUGUAUAUAGAGAAGUUUAUGGUAGGUACGUUGGAAUGGUGAGUGGAGAAGGCAGCAGUUCGGGAAAGUUGGUGAUGUUCGGUCCAGAUGACGUAGAGAAUCACCUGUCUGAUAUGUUUCAUGGUUCUUGUGCAUUUGCUCAUGAAACUCAUCUCGAGGAUGUAUGUGACAACGAAGUAGUAAUAAAAGUAAGAUGUAAGA